AUGCCAACAUAUGCGAGUGGUCGCCGCACGGUUAGUGCAACAACACCCUCACAGCUUCAGAUGGCCACACCCACCUUUCAUUCGCCACAUAGCUUCUAUCCCUCACAACAGGUAGAUCUUGGUCGUCCCAAUGGCGGCAACUCGCUCUUGUCAGAUCCCUUUCCUUCCACACCGUACACCUCAGUGAGCAAUUUGUUCAUGUCUCAGGGGGUGCGCAACACUCUCAUCACGCCUCACUUCAUUCGCCAAGCCCGUGCCGUCACGCACGUCACAUCCUCAAAGUUCGCCCCCUACACAACUAUUUACAAUUUGGAAAACGAAGACAAACCGAGUGUGUUGAUUCCCAAGAUAUCCACGCAGGUUUACCAAACCACUGCUCGUUACACUGGCAAGGAUAUUCUCCUGCGCCGCAUCGUCAAGACUUCCAUCACGGCAGAGGAUUGCAAAGUGGUUUAUGAGACACUGCGACACUACCGGCACCCGAAUCUUGUGCCCCUUACAAACAUCUUCACGACAGACGAGUUUAUCAUGGGAAGCUCAGACGUCAUCAUGGAGUAUCGUUUCAUGCCAGGCGCUAAGAGCAUAUAUGAUGCUCUUUUUACAGAAAACAAUCGCGCCACAGAGGGUUUGCUGUGGUCCUUCACAUGCCAAAUGGUUGGUUUGUUACGUUCCUUCCAUGAGACAUUGAUACCUCUACGUGGGUUGCAUUGGUCAAAAAUUAUCUACAUAGAAACGACCGGAAGGUUUUAUUUCACGGGUCUCGGCCUGGUCGAUCUAUUGGAGCCGAACUUGCCCUCAUCAAUGUUGCAUUUGAUGAUGAAGCAGGAUAUUCAAGCCUUUGGUUUCAUCCUCUUCCAGAUCGCGACACGGAACGUCGAUGCGAAGCCGGAGAACUUCAUCAAUAAGCACCCUUUGGUUGGAUUUUCUUCCAGUUUCUGGGAGCUUAUUAAGAUUUGCCUUGAGGGCAAUGCCGAUGCUGCACAGUUGUGCCAUGCGCUAGGGGAGCGAAUAUCGAUGGAGGUAGGCCAUCAGGAGGGGCACGCGGACUUUCUUCUCUCCCAGUGUGUGAAGGAAAUACACAACGGCCGUCUCAUGCGUCUGAUGAUCAAACUGAACUUUGUGUUAGAGUCUCUUCACGAUAUCCAGUACAGCACCGACUCCCAGCGGUAUGCACUGCGACUCUUUAGCCAGUUCGUAUUCAAUCAGGUUGAUGACCAGAACCGUGUGCAUGUUGAUUGGGGGCACGCAUACCACUGUCUGAACAAGCUGGACUGCGGGUCUGAAGAAACAAUUCAGCUCAUCGGGAACGAUGCAAACACCACUGUGCUUGUUAUCAGUUAUGCAGACCUUCGCGUGAUUCUUGAUGGGUUAUUUGAGCAGUUGCAGCAGUUAGCAUCUCAAGGAGGAAAUGGCACAGAUAUAGAUAACCAAACAUUCAUACCGGCUUCUCCAGGGUCUGCAUAA